CAUAAUUUACAGAACUUCAGACAAUUGCUAGACGUGUUCCAGUGCUAAGCUUGCUAGGAUGCUCCAAAGUCAAUUGAUGAACUGAGUAUUUUUGGUAUACGUACAUGCUGGUGAUAAAUAUUGACUUGCGAAACUAGAAUAAUGUAAAACUAUAGAACAAUCCGUGCAUUAACAGAGCUGUAAGACUGCUGUUGAACAACAAUGGCGACAUAUCUAUAUGGCUUUGAAGAAGAUAGAUUUCAACAAGCCGUCAGCCAGUACUUGAAAUGUGUUAUCUGUAGAAACGUUCUUAGAGAUCCAGUGACGUGCCGUGACCAUCAACAUUUAUUCUGUCGAGCUUGUAUCACCACACAUUUGGCGAACUUCGAGAGAUGUCCAUCUUGUAAUGAAGAACUAAAUGUCGAAACGUUGAGCGACGCCCCGAGAGUCGUUACGAACGUCCUGUCUGAGCUCAAGAUUCGCUGCGACUUCUACAAGCGAGGUUGUAUAAAGUUCGUAGAAUUAGGAGACCUGGAGAAGCAUUGCAAAGAAUGCGAGUUUGGUCCAGCAAUCUGUUUGAACCAAGGCUGUUUUAUUGAUGUGAACAGACGAGAUUUAAUGUACCAUGAGCGGACAGUAUGUGAACGACGGAGAAUAGAAUGUCAUAACUGUGUUGAGCUGAGACAAGAGAUGGGUACAAUGAAGCAAACGUUGACAGGGAUGAACGAGAAACUAGACAUGGCAGCAGGCAAUGAAGAAAUGAAAUGUGAUUUAAAAGAAAUGGCAAAACAACUGGAGAGAAUAUCGAUGCAGUUACAGCAUGGUGGCGGAAUGAACACAAAGUCAAAAGUGAUUGUAGCUGGUGGAUUAAAUGAUGAUGGUGGUGAUAAAGCGUUACAAUCUGUGGAAAUGUUCGAUCUAUCCAAACAAGCAUGGACUCUACUGCAACCAAUGAACAAAUGUCGUGUUACUGCAUCAGCGGUUGUUUAUAACAAUCAAAUGAUAGUUUCUGGUGGUUUUGACAAUGAAGAUGAUGUAUUAAAUUCCUUAGAAGCACUUGAGAAUCUUGACGAAGUUAGUCCGUUGUCAACAUGGGAAGAUAUUCCUGCUGAACUGCCCCAGAAUUUGUUUGGUCACCAAAGUGUUGUAUUUAAUGAUAAUUUGAUUGUUGUUGGAGGUGGAGAUAAUGAGAGACACUUUGACAAUAUCUCUGAAGUUUCUCUGGUUCCACCUUACACCAGUAAACUGUUGGCUUCAAUGACAAAGAAGACAGCUGCUCAUGGAAUGGAAUGUUUUGAUGAUAAACUUGUAAUUGUAGGUGGAGGAAAUAUAAAUACCUCUACUAAUGUUGAUAAUAAUGUUGUAAUGUAUGAUGUUAGUAAGAAUCAAUGUGAAGUGUUGGCCCCCUUGCCCUAUCCUGUGAAAAUAAUGGCCACAGUGAGAUGGCAUGAUAAUGUAAUUGUACUUGGUGGGAUGGAAAAUGAUGAUGAAGCAUUAAACAGAGUUUCAAUUUAUAAUGUGAAGACCCAGAAGAGUCACAUGCUUCCUCCCAUGCUGUAUAAGAGGAAAGAUUGUACGGCAGUUGUUGUUGGUAGUAUGAUAAUUGUUAUGGGUGGGCUCGACGAGAACAACCAUGUCCUGAAGUCUGUAGAAAGUUUCAAUUUCAGCCGUUAUACGUGGGAGGAACUUCCAUCGAUGCACGAAGCGAGAGCGUUCGCCACAUCUGUUGCAUGUUAACCCUACGUGCAUACAGAUGUUUCAUUCGUAGUUUUCUCGACUAGACAGCAAGAAAUGAACUUUUGAUAACGUUUCCAGAAACGAAAUUGCCCGUCACAUUAGAAUAUAAAUGAAUGACCUUAAUAAAUAUGUACUGAUUUGUAAGCGUAUGAUUGUUGAAAUAGAAUUUGGUUAAAAAACUACGUGGCAAGUGUAAAUUUAAUUUGUGCGGAGGCAAGUAGGUGAACUGAAA